AUGAGCAAAGGCGCCAUAAUCGGCGCGUCCACCGUCCUGGUGGUGGCGGUCGUCGCUGCCGUCUGCGUCGUGUCCUUCAAAGAAGCUAAAAAUGAGGAGGACAGCACGGAGCUGACGACGUCGAUGAAGUCGAUCAAGUCCUUCUGCCAGCCCGUGGACUACAAGGCGGCGUGCGAGAAGACGCUGGGGGAGACGGCCGGCAAUGCGACGACCACGACGGAGCUGGCCAAGGCCAUCUUCAAGGCCACCUCGGAGCGGAUCGAGAAGGCCGUGCAGGAGUCCAGCCUGCUCAACGAGCUCAAACAUGACCCACGCACGUCGGGCGCGCUCAAGAACUGCAAGGAGAUGCUCCACUAUGCCAUCGACGACCUCAAGACCACCUUCGACCAGCUCGGCGGCUUCGAGAUGACCAACUUCAAGCACGCCAUGGACGACCUCAAGACGUGGCUCACCUCCGCGCUCACGUACCAGGAGACCUGCAUUGACGGCUUCGCCAACACCACGACCGACGCCUCCGCCAAGAUGCGCAAGGCGCUUAACGUCUCCCAGGACCUGACGGAGAACAUCCUGUCCAUCGUGGACGAGUUCGGGGACACCAUCGCCAACCUGGACCUGUCCAUCUUCAGCCGGCGGCUGCUCGGGCACGACGGCGCGCCCAGGUGGAUGUCGGAUGCCAAGCGGAGGCUGCUGGAGGUGUCUCCCAGCGAGCCCGACUUCAAGCCGGACAUGACGGUGGCGGCGGACGGCAGCGGCGACUACAAGACCAUCAACGAGGCGCUGGCCAAGGUGCCGCUCAAGAGCGAGGACACGUUCGUGAUGCACGUCAAGGAGGGCACGUACAAGGAGUACGUCUCCGUGGCGCGCAACGUGACGAACCUCGUCAUGAUCGGCGACGGGGCCGGCAAGACGGUCAUCACGGGGGACAAGAACUUCAUGAUGAACAUCACCACCAAGGACACGGCCACCAUGGAGGCGAUCGGCAACGGCUUCUUCAUGCGCGGGAUCACGGUGGAGAACACGGCGGGCGCCAAGAACCACCAGGCCGUGGCGCUGAGGGUGCAGAGCGACCAGUCGGUGUUCUACGAGUGCCAGUUCGACGGGUACCAGGACACGCUGUACACGCACACCAGCCGGCAGUACUACCGCGACUGCACCGUGAGCGGCACCAUCGACUUCAUCUUCGGCAACGCGCAGGUGGUGUUCCAGAACUGCGUCCUCCAGGUGCGCAAGUGCAUGGAGAACCAGCAGAACAUCAUCACGGCGCAGGGGCGCAAGGAGAGGCACUCCGCCGGCGGCAUCGUCAUCCACAACUGCACCAUCGAGCCGCACCCGGAGUUCAAGGACCACAUCGGCAGGCUCCGGACGUUCCUGGGGCGGCCGUGGAAGGAGCACUCCCGCACCCUCUACAUCCAGUCGGAGAUCGGCGACCUCAUCGACCCGCAGGGGUGGCUGCCGUGGCUCGGCGACUUCGCGCUCAGCACCUGCUACUACGCCGAGGUGGACAACCGGGGGCCGGGGGCCGACAUGAGCAAUCGCGUCACGUGGAAGGGCGUCAAGCACGUCACCUACCGGCAGGCGCAAGAGAAGUACACCGUCAAGAGGUUCAUCCAGGGGAAGCUCUGGAUCUCCAAGUACGGCGUGCCCUUCAUCCCGGGGUUGCUGCCGCAGGAGCAGGCCGCCCACACUGACACUGAGCCAAGCUAGCGUUCUUUCGGGGUCGAGGAUGAAGAUGGAUUGUGGACAAGGGUUGUUAAUUUUAUGGAUAGAGGAUCGGUUGUACGUACACUGUUGUUGAUGUAUAUCAUCUGUGUAUCGUCGUACAGUAUAUGUGAGAUGCAUGUCAAUGUAGAAUGUAGAAUGUAUGUGCGUGUACACUGCUCUUUCGGACACCCAUGCUCACAAUUGGACAA